GUCUGUUACUUUUCAUUUUUCGAGUUAAAUUGGAACUGAGAAUGUUAAGACACUCGUCGAGAUUUGUGACGGGCCGGCUCGCCCCUUCGAGGCUUAUUUCUACAGCGUCCUGCCUGAAAACAUCCGACAAGCCCGUCGACCCCCCCGUGGAAAAGCCUUCGAGCGAUCCCGGUCAUGAUGCCAACACAAUGUUUAGGAAAAUACAUGUCCCGAGCAAGUUCGAGAGGAGGAUCCUCGUCUGGACUGGCAGGUUCAAAACGGACCGUGAAAUCCCUAAAGAAGUGUCGAUUGAACUAAUCGAGAAGGCCAAGAGCAAGGCACGCAUCAAGGUAGCAAAUUAUAUGAUGCUUGCCACGGUUAUUGCCUGUUUCUACCAAAUUUGGAGUGGGAAGAGAGCUCUAGAGAGAGGAGAGACAGUUGCAAAGAUGAAUUUAGACUGGCAUAAAAAAAUUAACGCCGAGAAAGACUAGCAGAGCCAGGGCACAGAAAUCAAAAUAACGUUGUAGACUCUGCAAAUUUUUUUUACCCUACAAAUGACGAGAUAGCCUCGUUACUCUUCGGAUAGAACCUUGGUAUUUGCAGAGAACAUGAUUUUGUUAUUGCAGUAUAGAUUUUUCAAUUAUUUUUAAACCUAAAACCAUGUUUUCAUUUUUGACAAAUAAUCCAUUUGACCUGAAGAUGCUGAGGCAUGAGUAGAUUAUGAGUGAGGAGCUAUUGAGGCUUAUUUAAAUUGUCUCCUGCCUAGUUAAAUAUAUCUUGAGUGUCAUUCAUUUUGUUAAAUAUUUCUGUUGAAUCUUCUAUUAAGCGUAUUAAUUAAUUUGUACAUUUUAUUAAAUGUGAGUGGCGUAUUUUAUUUGUGUUUUAAACAAAA